UGCCUUUUGUCGUCUCGUCUGGGUGAGCUGAUCACCAUCAUGUAUCGUCGUCGUCUUCCAUGUACUGUAUUUCUGUAAAUAGAUUAUAAUUAAACAUGGGCAGGCUUCCACGUGCUCCUCCUGGGGACUCUCUCCUCCACUCCCCCACCACCACCACCACCACCACCUCCAAUGCUUCAAUAUAUAUCUCCGUUUCUUAUGCAAAACCCUUUUCAACCCUCUCUCUCUCUCUCACUCUCAUUGGAACAAGAAGAACUCAGAGAGAGCUAGGUGGCAUUGUUAUUUGCAGAAUCAUCAAUGGCGGCGACGGAACUAGCAGUAGGGGUUCAAGAAGACACGGGCGAAGCCAACAUGCAAUGCGCCGAUCACCCUUACAGGAACCCCGCCCCCGGGGGCGGAAUCUGCGCCUUCUGCCUCCAGGAAAAGCUCGGCAAGCUCGUUUCUUCCUCUUUCCCCCUUUCCCUUUUCCCUUCUUCCUCCUCCUCUCCAUCCCCUUCCUUCAGAUCCCACCACUUUGAAGCCCCCUCCUCCUCCACCACCACCCUCUCCGUAAAACCCAACAAUGUCGUUCCAACGUCUUCGUCUUCCUCUUCAUCUUCAUCCAACACCACCCAUGAUUUUGACCACCAUUAUUCUAGAAACGCCCAAAACAAGAAGAACAAGAAGAAGGACCAUGCUAGCGUUGUGUUCAAGAGGAGCAAAUCCACCACCACGCCCCGGCGCGGCGUCCAUUUCUUGGACGGCGCGGAGCUCAGCCCAAGAAAGAGAGGCAGUUUCUGGCCGUUCCUCUACCUUUCCAAACACUCUGGCGCCGCUAGCAGGCUCGACGCCAAGCAUUCCAAGGACGGCUGCUUUUCGUCUUCUUCCAAGAAGCCGGCGGAGUUUCCGGCCGGGGCCCCGGCGCUCGAGAGCAAGGUGUCCAGAUCCAGGUCGGUUGGGUGUGGAAGCAGGAGCUUCUCUGGGGACUUCUUCGAGCGGAUCUCAACUGGGUUCGGCGACUGCACUCUCCGGCGAGUCGAGUCUCAGAGAGAAGGCAAGCCCAGGAUCGCCUCCGCCGCUGCGGCCGUGCACGGUGGAGCCGGAGGACAGGACUGUAUCAGGGAGAGAGUCAAAUGUGGUGGCAUUUUCAGUGGGCUCAUGGCCACCACCUCCUCAUCCUCAGCUGAAGAUAAUGACAGCAACUUGAAUGGCAAGCCGCCGCAGCCGCCACCGUCCGCGGUGGGACCACUUGCCCAUGGAAGAAGCAGGAGCUGGGGUUGGACAUUUGCCAGCCCAAUUAGGGCCUUCAGUAAGCCUUCUUCUGGGAAAAGGGAGACUCCCAAUAAGACUAACACCACCACAAACCUUAAUGCCAUUCCUUCUCUGUUGGCUGCAAGAGGCUAAAAAUGACGCCGCUUUACAGUAGACUUCUCGCUUGCAAGCUAAGCAGUUUUGGAAACCUCUUAUAAUUUGCCACCCUCUACUCUUCCAUUCUGUGUUAGUCUUAGAAAGUUAAAUCACUGUCAAUUUCUUUGGCUGAAUAAUCUUGGGAAGUCCAAUGCUGAAUGGGGCGCAAAGUUGACAAAUUCCAGAGAUGGAUAUGUGAAGAAGAUGUUGAUAAUUUGUAACCUUUCUACUGUUUAUAUGUGAGAUUCUGUCAUA